GACAGUUUGAUUCGUUAUCUUCUCAGAACUCGCGAGUGAAGUCUUCUUCUUCCGACAAUGCUUAGCCUCUCUAUCACCUCACCAGGGACAGCGGCGACUUUCCUCAGAGGAGCUAGCUCGGCGACUUCAACCUCGUCUUCGUUCCAUGGCGUCAGAAUCCGGCACGAGGUCUCCGCUCGCGUGCCGGCGGCGACGGUUUCAUCGUCGUCUGGUAAAACAAUGGUGGUGAUGAUGUCGAAAAGAGAGGCGGAGCUGAAAGAUAUAAGGGGGAAGACGACGGAGGAGCUGAACGAGGAGGUGAUUGACCUUAAAGGAGAGCUCUUCAUGCUCCGUCUCCAGAAAUCGGCGAGGAACGAGUUCAAGUCUAGCGACUUUCGCCGCAUGAAGAAACAAGUGGCGAGGAUACUGACGGUGAGAAGAGAGAGGGAGAUAGAGGAAGGGAUAGGGAAGAGGUUGUCUAGGAAGCUUGACAGGCAGUGGAAGAAGAGCAUUGUAGUCAGACCACCUCCUUCUCUCAAGAAGCUUCAAGAGGAGGAAGCUGCUGAAGAGGCAGCUGAAGCUGCCAAAUCGGCCUGAAAACCCCAGCCAUUUGAUUGUUCGGUCUCUUCUUCUUGUUUCCUUGGGAUGUUACUAUCUGCUAAUGUUGCUUUACUUCUUCUUUUGUUUUGUAAACUUCCCUCAUUAAGUUUAAUGGUUUUUGCUGAGAGAA